CCCAGUGGAAGUCUGCAUAACAUGGCUGCUAUGCAACUAUGCUCUAGAUAUUUUGCAACACUAAAGACUUUGCCUAUUAGCAGAUUGUACUUUGCAAUGAGCAGGGAAUGAAAGGAUGAUCGCAGGCAUAAGUAUUUGCCUUCUCAGUCUGUCCACACAUCCUGCAUCAGACUGGAUACACAUCAGCAGCUCCUCUUCCCCCUAUUUUGUAUCUUCAGAUGCACUUCCCUGCUCCCCCUGACAGCUGCAAAAGAGAAAAUUUUUAGCAAGUAAGGCAAUUUGGAGUGACAUGCAAAGGAUCCCUCCCCCUACACAGCCACUGAUUAACCAAGAGAUGCAAUGGGAUCUAUGCAGGAACCCUGAGGAUCUGUACUGGGGAAGAGAGGAUCAGCCAAAACAGGAUUGCAAAAAAGGGUUUGUAUCUCAUCAUUGAGGAUUUUACUCUGCUGUAGAUAUUCAAGAUACAUUUAUGUAUGGCUCAACUAAAGUUUUACCACUUUUCAUCAUCCUUUCUUCACUUUGGACUUGUUACUUUUGUCCUGUUACUUCAGGGUUUUCAAGUUGAUGCGGAUACUGCUGGGCAUCCUCCAAGUACAGUACAAAACAAUACUUGCUCAGGAUCCUAUGACUGCAAGGAGGGUGUUAUUUUGCCAAUAUGGUACCCAGAGAAUCCUUCAUUGGGGGACAAAAUUGCUAGAGUCAUUGUAUACUUUGUAGCAAUGAUUUACAUGUUUCUUGGUGUGUCCAUUAUAGCGGAUAGAUUUAUGGCAUCUAUAGAAGUCAUAACAUCACAGGAGCGAGAGAUCAUAAUAAAAAAACCUAAUGGAGAAACCUCUACAACAACCAUUCGUGUCUGGAAUGAGACAGUCUCCAACUUGACCCUUAUGGCACUUGGCUCAUCUGCACCAGAAAUCCUUCUGUCUCUGAUUGAAGUGUGUGGUCAUGGUUUUGUAGCCGGAGAUCUUGGUCCAUCUACUAUUGUUGGAAGUGCAGCUUUUAAUAUGUUUAUCAUUAUUGCAAUUUGUGUUUAUGUCAUCCCUGAUGGAGAAGUCAGGAAGAUCAAACAUCUUAGAGUCUUCUUUGUCACUGCUGCAUGGAGCAUCUUUGCAUAUAUAUGGCUGUAUAUGAUCCUUGCUGUGUUCUCUCCUGGGAUUGUCCAAGUCUGGGAAGGAUUGCUCACAUUGUUUUUUUUUCCCGUUUGUGUUGUCCUUGCAUGGGUAGCUGACAGACGUCUUCUUUUCUACAAAUACAUGCACAAGAAGUAUCGUACUGACAAACACAGAGGAAUUAUGAUAGAAACGGAAGCAGAGCAUCCAAAGGGGAUUGAGAUGGAUGGCAAGGUUAUGAAUUCCCAUUUUCUUGAUGGAAACCUGUUAAACAUGGAUGGUAAGGAGGUUGAUGAAUCACGCAGAGACAUGAUACGAAUUCUUAAGGAAUUAAAACAAAAGCAUCCGGAGAAGGACUUGGAUCAGUUGGUAGAAAUGGCUAACUAUUAUGCUUUAUCUCAUCAGCAGAAGAGCAGAGCUUUUUAUCGCAUACAAGCCACCAGAAUGAUGACGGGUGCAGGCAAUAUCCUUAAAAAACAUGCAGCAGAACAGUCCAAGAGGAGUGCCAGCAUGCAAGAUGUAUGUCUAGAUGAAUCAGAGGAGUUUGUGUCCAAGAUUUAUUUUGAUCCUUGUUCCUAUCAGUGUCUUGAAAACUGUGGUGCUGUUUUACUGACCGUGAUGAGAAAAGGUGGUGACAUAUCGAAAACAUUGUAUGUGGACUAUAAAACAGAGGAUGGUUCUGCUAAUGCAGGUGCAGAUUAUGAGUUUACAGAAGGGACUUUGGUUUUCAAGUCAGGAGAAACCCAAAAGGAGUUCUCAGUUGGAAUUAUUGAUGAUGAUAUAUUUGAAGAAGAUGAGCAUUUCUUUGUGAGGCUUAGCAACAUUCGAAUACCUGAAUUACGGGAACCAGUGGAACCCAACAGCUUUAGUUAUCCAAAAGCUGUCUUGGUGUCACCCUAUGUUGCUUCAGUAACUAUUUUGGAUGAUGAUCACGCUGGCAUUUUUACAUUUGAAUGUGAUGUCAUACGUGUUAGUGAAAGUAUCGGUGUGAUGGAAGUUAAGGUUCUAAGGACAUCAGGUGCCAGAGGAACAGUUAUAGUCCCAUUUAGGACAGUUGAAGGAACAGCCAAAGGAGGUGGUGAAGAUUAUGAAGAUACUUAUGGGGAACUCGAAUUUAAAAACGAUGAAACUGUCAAAGCAUUUCACAUCAAAAUAAUUGAUGACGAAGAGUAUGCGAAAAACAAGAGUUUCUACAUUGAACUGAAGGGGCCACACCUUGUGGAUAUGAGUGUGCAGAAAGCCCUGCUGUUGAAUCAAGCUGAAAAUCUUGCAGAUAGAAAGUUGUCUGUUGAAGCAGAAGAAGCAAAACGAAUCGCAGAGAUGGGGAAGCCAGUACUAGGAGAACAUCCAAAACUGGAAGUUGUCAUUGAAGAAUCGUAUGAGUUCAAGAGCACAGUGGACAAGCUCAUCAAAAAGACCAACCUGGCUUUGGUGGUUGGGACACAUUCAUGGAGAGACCAGUUCAUGGAAGCCAUCACUGUCAGUGCAGCUGGAGAUGAAGAUGAGGAUGAAUCUGGAGAAGAGCGGCUGCCAUCUUGUUUUGACUACGUUAUGCACUUUUUGACCGUGUUCUGGAAGGUUCUUUUUGCCUGUGUACCGCCCACAGAAUAUUGCAAUGGAUGGGCAUGCUUUGUUGUAUCAAUCAUUAUUAUUGGCAUACUAACGGCCAUCAUAGGAGACCUCGCUUCCCACUUUGGCUGCACUAUUGGCCUACACGACUCUGUAACUGCUGUGGUGUUUGUGGCCUUUGGCACUUCAGUGCCUGAUACAUUUGCAAGUAAAGUGGCUGCUACCCAGGACGUAUACGCUGAUGCCUCGAUUGGCAAUGUGACGGGCAGUAAUGCAGUAAACGUAUUCUUAGGUAUUGGCUUGGCGUGGUCGGUGGCUGCCAUCUACUGGGCUUCAAAAGGACAAGUAUUCCGCGUUUCACCAGGCACCUUAGCUUUCUCUGUUACACUAUUUACCAUUUUUGCUUUCAUCUGCAUCAGCGUCUUGCUGUUUAGAAGACGGCCCCAGAUUGGUGGGGAACUGGGCGGCCCUAGAGGCUGCAGACUGCUCACUGCAUUGCUCUUUGUGAGUUUGUGGUUACUUUACAUUUUGUUUGCCACAUUGGAGGCCUACUGUUAUAUUAAAGGGUUUUAAAUAGAGCUUUGUUAAGCCAGCAACAUAUCUGUUGCUCCCUUUCUGUGGGAGACUUCCUGUUGAGGAUGAUCAGAGCAGAAAGGAUACCAGCCAAUGAAACAGUACCUAUAGGACAACGCAAUCCAAAGGAUUAUCAGACUGGUUCUAUUGGAUCAAGUGCAUUAAAUAGAAAUGUGGUAUUCUACAAGCUGGAGACCUCUUUCAUCUAGCUGAGGAUAUUCUAGCUGGUUACCACACAAUGAAGCUAUCAGAACGGGAAAGGUCAAAAAGUUAAUAAAUAAAAAUAAAAAAGUCACUUUUUUCUUACACAAAAUAGCAAAGUUGAGUGCCACCAAAAGCCAACUGACAUCACAUACUGGCCCCUGGCUUCAGGACCUAAGGUUAAAACCAGCAAAGAUUUAUGUUUGAUUUUGUGUUUUCUCCCCCACCCCCCUCUAAAAAAAUGCUUUACAUGUACACUAUUUUUUGUACUUUUGCUGUUAUUAUAACCCAAUAUAUUAAUUUAUAUCAAAAUCAUUCUAUCUAUUGAAAAAAUUACCUAUUUAAGAAGUCUGGGAUGAUAAAUACUUCUUCGGGUUUUUUUUGUUUGUUUUUUUCUUCAACCUGGAAAACUGCAAUUGAAAAAUAGCGAGGUAAAGAAAAAAAGAAAAUCUUACUUCACAUGAAGAAAAAAUACUUUGAAUUGUCAGAUAAGCUGAAGGAAUCGUCUAAAAGAAGAGAAAAUUAAGUCACAUUUAUAAUUCAAAGAUCACAAACUUCUGUAUAUAGAUAGCUGUUAUCACAUGUCGCUAUUUAUCAGUGGGUUGACAUUUUUGUCAGUCUGAAACACGGUUGGUGACUUUCAGUUAUAUGAUACUAUGUAACCUCAUUGCUGUUUGAGAAGUUCUGCUGUACAAUGAAGUCAUCAGUUCAUCUUUGCCAAAACGGCUGUCUUAAGUUAAACUCCCAGAAAGAGAGCUUGUACCAUCUGAGAUCCCAUCCACUACUUGCUGUUGUUUGCAGAAACCAUUGUACACAUGUCCACUGCUGGUGAUUUUCCUUUGAAGUAUCUGUUUCAAACUGAUGCCUCCUCUUUUUACUCACUGUUAAAAUUAUAUUUAUUUUUUUAACAGAAACCUCUAGAUUUUAUUAGACCUAGAUAAAGGUUCCAUAAUAAUGUUAUCUAUUCAUGUUGCUUCCUCUAAUCAUAUCACUGCACAGAGAAACAAACUAGCUAUGUAUCUUAAUAUGUGAUGCUAGAAGUGUCUAUAUGGGUUAUUCUGUAUACGUAAAGCUGUCCUUUUGGAUGUUUAGUCUCAACAGGUAUUCAAGUAAAAUUAUGGGUAAAAAUUUUACAAAAGGAAAAAAAAACACUAUCACACGGGUUCUUUUAAUUUUAGAAGUCAUUAUGGAUAUUAAAACCAGCCGCACACUUUGAAGAGCCAGAUGUGUGUUUGUACAAGGAUACUUGUAAUUCAAAAAGUUAGGCACGAGAAGUAACUUUUUAGGAGCCGCUGCACCCUGGCUCCCAGAAUUUUUCAAGCCCUCAGGUAUCUUAAAUGUUGGCCUGAGGUCUAGGUACAGGAAAAGAACCCACACCUUACCCAUGUUGACUAACGAUUUUUAACUGAAAGUUGAAUAUCUAGCUCAUAUACUGCCAUAACUAAACCAUCAUAAUUUAGAAAUCGUUGGACCGUCAUUUUAGGGUGCUAAAAAAACUGAAUGGCAGCCAUAAUCUUUGUCUCUUGGUGACAGUUUAUUUAUAAAGUAAUAUAUGAUAUAAACGUUCGACUUUUGCUAAGUAACACAUUUUCAUAAUUUGGGUUACUAAAGUAUGUGCUUCAUUCUAUACAAAAUACUCUAGGAGAGGGAAUUAUUGAGCCAUUUUUAAAAGUAAUAAAAAAGUUUUAAUAUUUUCAAAGGAAGAAUAUCCCAUGCUGAAAUCUAGCUGAAGGCUAAUUAACCACAACUGUAUCUCACAUGUAAUGGUUUAGAGUAAGAUAUCAGAUAUCUGCAUAAAAAUAAUGUAGUUGGCUAAGGAAAUCAAAGCCUCCGUCCAUCAAGACUUAUUUAUUUUGCAUUUCACCUCAUAAUGAUUUUUUAAACAUUUUUAUAUUUUUAUUCAUCCUGAUGAAAACAGUAGUGAUCAGUAUAUAUUGUUUAAUUUACAUGCACUUAAUAUACAAAUUAUCUUAUUAUGUCCUUCAAACCCAAUGCUGGUAGUGGCUGAUGUCAUUCACGUCAAUAAGAAUAUCUGACAGAUAAAGAUGCAAUAACCUCUGAUUACAUAUUGAAAAGAUGCUAAUGGAGAUGGGUUUGUUUUUUUGAAGUAUUAUAUUAGCUAAAUAUAACCAAAUGUCAAGCACCUUACCACACAACGUUCAUCGUAAUGAGUGGAUAACAAAAUUGAAUUACUUCAGCACCUUAUAAAAUUUAGUUGUUAUGGCUUAUUUUUUUCUGUUAAAUUAAAAUUCUAAGCCAAUAUGCCAUCUAUUUUAACAAAGUUUAGGAAUAUGAUUACAGUUGACAAUCAAUGCUCUUGCACUAACCAAGUGAUAUUCUCUUCCAUCGUUAUCUUUCUCUUGUGGUUUGCUGCCUAAGUGUUCUGCCCUAGCAGUUGAUUAGUCACAAGUAUUCGACAAUUAUAUGAUGACAGUUUAAAGCAAUAUACCAUCUAAAAGUGGAAAUAGGGCUAGACAAUGCGAAUAGUUAAAUUUGUUUAUUUAGUAAACAAGAUAACCGUCAAUUAUUUAAUGGCCCUGGACUUACCUAUAGUCAUCAGUUAUGAUUUUAGACCUUUCAGAAGCAAAUUUAUUUAAAACAUUCUCCCAGCAAAUUAAUGCAGAGUAUAUGAAACAUGUUAAAUGCUACUUUACCCUAAAUCAUUUUUUUGUUUUGUUUUUCUCCCCCAAAACUGUUGUUUUGUAUUUUCUGGUUCAUUUUAGACUUUAGACCACAACCUGCUUUCAUGAAAAUUACUUGGAUAAAAAAAAAUAAUUUUAAAUAAUAAAGCAAAGCCCCAUUUUUCUGUA